CAAAAAAAAAGAAGAAGUAGAAGAAAGAAACAUAACAAUAUUCUCUUCAGCCGAAAUGUGCAUCCGAGUUUUCUCCCUUCUUCUUCUGGCAGUCCUGAUGUCGUCAGGAAUUGGCCUCGCCGCCGCCGCCGGACUGGCCACCUUUGUAUUCGGCGACUCCUUGCUAGAUCCUGGAAAUAACAAUUACAUUCCUACCAUCUCAAGGGCAAAUUACAUUCCUAAUGGUAUUGAUUUUGGCGGUCCCACCGGUCGAUUCACCAACGGUAGAACCAUCAUUGACAUUCUAGGUGAGAAAUUGAGUGGAGGGUUUUUGACUCCUCCUUAUAUGGCUCCCGAUACCAAGUGGCCGGGGAUUCUCAAGGGCGUCAACUACGCUUCCGGCGCCGCCGGGAUCCUCAAUGAGACCGGAAGGAUUUUUGGCGCAAGGAUCAAUAUGGACGCUCAAAUUGACAACUUUGCCAACACGAGGCACGACAUCAUAUCGAGAAUCGGCCCAGUCAAGACUCAACAAUUCUUCAACAAGGCAAUUUUUGCCGUCUCGAUUGGAUCAAACGACUUUCUCGACAACUAUCUGCUGCCUCUGUUCGACAAACCAAAACCUCCCAAAGUGUUCAUCGCCUCCUUGAUCCAGAGGUUCAAACUCCAACUCACAAGGUUGUACAAAUUGGGUGCUCGGAAGAUUGUUGUGGUGAACGUGGGUCCUAUCGGGUGCAUCCCAUACCAGAGAGACGUGAUGGACUCGGGGGACGAGUGCGCGAGUAAAUCGAACGAGUUGGCUCAGUCGUUCAACACGAAGCUGAGGAUACUCAUUCGACAACUCAGUGGAGUAUUCAAGGGAGCACAACUAGUUCACGCCGACGCUUACAGCAUCGUCAACGACAUCAUCACCAACUACACUUCCUACGGCUUCGUGAAUGCGUCCACGGCUUGCUGCCGCCUGCUAGGGUCGCGCCGAGUGCUGGGGUCGCAAGGCGGUCUGAUCCCGUGCAUCCCGCUCUCGACAGUCUGUCGGCGCCGGAACAAGUACGUCUUCUGGGAUCCUUACCAUCCGUCCGACGCUGCAAAUGUGAUCAUAGCCGGACGGCUGCUGGACGGGGACCGUAAGAUCAUUCGGCCAAUGAACAUUCGCCACCUGGCUUCAAUUUGAAUGGAGGAAAGAGGGAAAUUGGGUUUAUGUCCUUUUUGGCUCUGACGGCCUCAGCUCACCAUGAUAGAGUUAGCAAUGAAUGUUGAAUGGCAUUGGUUACUCAUGGAUAGAUAGCCUUCUUUGAAUCAGUGAAAAGUAGUGAACAAGAGCCAAUAAAUUAUAUUUGAUCCGUAUUGAGGUCAAAUUUUGAA